UGAGUCAGACCGCCAGGCAGGAGCAGGGACAGAGGGAAGGAGCGAGGCAGCCCGCCAGCCGAGCAAGACGAGCCAGCGCGCGCCCCGACCGUUCCCAGGAGCCGCCGCAGCGCCGCCGCGCCGCGCCAUGGAGACCCCCGGCCAGAAGCGCAGCACCCGGAGUGGCGGCGGCGCCACGCCGCUCUCGCCGGCCCGCAUAACGCGGCUGCAGGAGAAGGAGGACCUGCAGGAGCUCAACGACCGCCUGGCCGUCUACAUCGACAAGGUGCGCUCGCUGGAGUCGGAGAACGCGGGCCUGCGGCUGCGCAUCACCGAGUCCGAGGAGGAGGUGAGCCGCGAGGUCACGGGCAUCAAGGCGGCCUACGAGGCGGAGCUGGCCGACGCCCGCAAGACGCUCGACUCGGUGGCCAAGGAGCGCGCGCGCCUCCAGCUCGAGCUCAGCAAAGUCCGCGAGGAGUUCAAGGAGCUCAAGGCCAGGAAUGCCAAGAAAGAAGCAGAUCUGGCGAAUGCCCAGGGCCGCCUGAAGGACGUCGAGGCCUUGCUGAACUCCAAGGAAGCAGCCCUCACCACUGCCUUGGGGGAGAAGCGCAACCUGGAAAAUGAACUGCGUGAGCUGCGGGGUCAGGUGGCCAAGCUGGAAGCUGCCUUGGCCGAGAUCAAGAAGCAACUUCAGGACGAGAUGCUGCGGCGGGUGGACGCCGAGAACAGGCUGCAGACCCUGAAGGAGGAGCUGGAGUUCCAGAAGAACAUCUACAGCGAGGAGCUUCGCGAGACCAAACGGCGCCACGAGACCCGCCUGGUCGAGAUUGACAACGGCCGCCAGCGCGAGUUCGAGAGCAAGCUGGCGGACGCCCUGCAGGACCUGCGGAGCCAGCAUGAAGCCCAGGUCAAGCUGUACAAGGACGAGCUGGAGAAGACGUACAGCGCCAAGUUGGAAAACGCCAAGCAGUCGGCCGAAAGGAACAGCAACAUGGCAGGGGCGGCCCAUGAGGAGCUGCAUGAGACCCGCAUCCGCAUCGAUGGCCUGUCAGCCCAAGUGAGCCAGCUGCAGAAGCAGCUCUCUGCCAAGGAGGCGAAGCUGCGCGACCUGGAGGACGCCCUUGCCCGGGAGCGCGAGACCAGCCGCCGCAUCCUGGCAGACAAGGAGCGGGAAAUGGCCGACAUGCGGGCCCGCAUGCAGCAGCAGCUGGAUGAGUACCAGGAGCUGCUCGACAUCAAGCUGGCCCUGGACAUGGAGAUCAAUGCCUACCGGAAGCUGCUCGGGGGGGGGGGGGGGAGGCUGCGUCUCUCGCCCAGCCCCUCCUCUCAAAAGAGCGGUACCCGAACUCGGGUCUCCCACACGUCUGGGCAAGGCUCGGCGAAGAAGAGGAAGCUGGAGGACGGGGAGAGCCGCACCAGCUUCUCGCACCACGCCAGGACCAGCGGACGCGUGGCCGUGGAGGAGGUCGACCUGGAGGGGAAGUUCGUCCGCCUCAGGAACAAGUCUAACGAGGACCAGUCCCUGGGCAACUGGCAGAUCAAGCGCCAGAAUGGAGAUGAGCCCCCGCUCUGCUACAGGUUCCCCCCCAAGUUCACCUUGAAGGCUGGCCAGCUGGUCACGAUCUGGGCCGCGGGUGCCGGUGUGGCCCACAACCCUCCCACCGACAUGGUGUGGAAGAACCAGAGCUCCUGGGGAUCCGGAGACAGCCUGCGCACCGCCCUCCUCACCUCCACCGGAGAGGAAGUGGCCAUGAGGAAGCUGGUGCGCUCGGUGAUUAUCAAUGAUGACGAUGAAGAGGAUGACGAUGAAGACGGGCUCCACCACCGUCACCACCAUAGCCACUGCUCCGCCUCUGGCGACCCCGGCGAGUACAACCUGCGCUCCCGCACCGUCCUGUGCGGCACUUGUGGGCAGCCGGCGGAGAAGUCGGCCGGCGGCACCAAUGCAGCGACCGGCGCGGUGUCUUCCGGCUCCUCCUCCUCCAGCCUCACCAUCACGCGCAGCUACCGCACCGGCGGCACCACCAUUGGGGAGAGCCUGCUGCCCCGCUCCUACAUCCUGGGCAACUCCAGCCCGCGCCAGCAGGGGCCUCAGAACUGCAGCAUCAUGUAAGCCUCCGGUGCUCCCGAGAUGCUCACUGCCUGCCUAUGAAGCACCUUCCUCUCCACACGCGCAGGGGGAAGGAAGAAACAUUUAUAAAGAGUUAUUUUCUACAGCAA